GGGCGAAGUGGGGGGGCAGGGAGGGAGGAGGGCGGGAGUGGAAUCGCGGGUGCGGCGGUCCCGCAGCCACCGGCGUCCCGGCAUCGCGGCGGCAUGACAGGCAGCCGCCGGCCCUCAGUCGCCCCCCGCCAGCCGGCGGGGAGCGCGGCCCCGGCCAAAAGUGAGAUGGCCCCCUGGAAACAGCCGUGGCGGAGGCUGCGCGCCCGGCGGGCGGUGUGAUCGCCUCUCCCGGCCAAGCCAUGGGACAGACCUCGGUCUCCACGCUGCCCGAGCCGCCCGGCGUUGAUGGUUUGGAUAGGGCUUCAAUCGCUAACUCAGAUGGACCAGCCCCAGGAUCCCAAACUCCCCCCUUCAAGAGGAAGGGAAAACUCUCCACCAUUGGCAAAAUCUUUAAACCUUGGAAAUGGCGGAAGAAGAAGACGAGUGACAAAUUCAGGGAAACGUCAGCAGUGUUGGAAAGGAAGAUUUCGACAAGACAAAGCAGAGAGGAGCUGAUAAGACGAGGAGUGCUGAAGGAAAUGCCUGAGCAAGAUGGUGAUGUGACAGUAAAUUUUGAAACCUCAAAUGGACACACCAUAGCCAUUGGUGAAGAAGCCAUACAGGAAGAAAAUAUGGUAAAAGCCAGUGGAGAUAAUGGUACUUUAUCAGAGAAAGCAUCAGCAUUGGAAGGAAAAAAAGAACAUAAAAAAGAGAGCACUUCUGAGCACUGCCCAGAAAUACCGGCAUUCCAUGCUCCACCACCGCCCAAGCCUAAGCCUAAAUCUAAAAAAGCUCUGCUACCACCAAAAAAUGCUAUUACUGCUUCCACCACCAGCAGCCAUAAGAGUAAUGAAGCACCUCAUGCUAAAAAAAAGGGAAAGGCUUCUGCUAAGCAGCCUCCUCUCCCACCACCCAAGCCAACAAGUCACGGUGCAAAUCGAGAAGCUGCUAGUUCCUCUCAUGCAAAAAAACCAACAGUUUCCAAGUCCUCUUCAUCACCAUCUCCUUCAUCCACAUCAUCUCAUCCCAAGACCUCUAAGGAGACUUCCAGCAAAUCAGGCACAUCAGGGACUUCCAGGGGCAAGAAAAAACCUGGGAAACAGUCAGCCUCACGAGUAGCACCGGACGGGGCUGCCUCUUCCCCUUCAGGUGCCACAGGCAGCAGGUCGGAAGCGAAGGCAGAAAAACCUGAGCCUGAGCAGCCUUCCAUAGUAAUUUCACAAACAGAGGAGGCAGAUCAACCAAGCAACCUCAUUGCUGUCCCCCCUCCUCCCACUGCUGCCCCUCCGCCACCUCCACUUCCCUUUCCUGCUGCAGCCCGUCAGCACGCUGUCUCCUCAGAUGCCCAGACUGUGCCAGCCGUCCCUAGAUCAGAUGCCAGACCUCUUCUUCAGGCUGAGCAUGGCACAGACAAGAACCUGAGCAGUACAGCCCUAGACAACAGUUCAGAUGCUCGUGGAGAAGACCCAAAAAGCUUGGCUACCAAAGAAGACCAAGAAGUGGAGGGACCUGAUCAAGCACACCCUGAACUGAUGGAGGAGGCUCCUGAUGCUGCUGCCCCUCCUGAGAGUGAAAGUAGCAGAGAGAGCCACAGCAGCGACUCUGACUCUGAUGGACCAGUACUCUACACAGAUGAUGACGAUGAUGAUGAUGAUGAUGAUGAUGAUAAUGCAACUACUGAAAGCUCUUUGGCAAGUAAAAUUCGUCGCAGGGAUACUCUUGCUAUCAAACUUGGCAACAGACCAUCUAAGAAAGAAUUAGAAGACAAAAACAUCUUGCAACGUACAUCUGAAGAGGAGAGGCAGGAAAUCAGACAUCAGAUUGGAACGAAACUAGUAAGGAGGCUUAGCCAGAGGCCUACAACUGAAGAGCUAGAGCAAAGAAAUAUUCUAAAACAGAAGAAUGAAGAAGAGGAACAGGAAGCCAAAAGAGAAAUAAAACGUAGACUCAGUAGAAAGCUCAGCCUGAGGCCUACAGUGGCUGAACUUCAAGCGAGAAGAAUCCUUCGAUUUAAUGAGUAUGUGGAGGUCACGGAUUCUCCUGACUAUGACCGUCGUGCUGACAAGCCUUGGGCCAGGUUAACUCCUGCAGACAAGGCAGCAAUACGGAAAGAACUGAAUGAAUUUAAAAGCACAGAAAUGGAAGUACAUGAAGAAAGUCGACAAUUUACCAGGUUUCAUCGCCCAUAACUGUUUGACCACAUCCCAUAUUUCACGUGACGGUUUUCUUUGGGGAAAUCAUUACGUCCUGAAGACCUGAGAUUGCACUGGAACUUGACUGAGUGUGAGUGUGUGCUGCAGCUGACCCUGAAGACAGUGAAGGAUGCGGCCCUCUUCUUCAUCAGUGGACGAAUUACUUGUCUAGGAGGAGAACCUACAUGCAGUGUUUCUCAGUGUUCAGACAGAGCGUGGUCCUGUGGCCAGCCCACAAAGACAAGUCAGUCAGGGGACUUGGGAGCUCCACAAGUCAGGAAGAGCUGAAGUCAAUUGCUUGAGAGCCUGCUUGAGAGAGUCAGGAACUCACCAGACUGCUGCACAGGGUUGUGACUGAGGGUAAUUGAGAGAGGGGAGUGUGGAGAGAACUAAGAUUAUGGAGGAAGAGAAACUUUGCUUGUCUGUCCACAGAGAAAAGUGGAGCAGAUGUGACUGCUUUAUGAUGCACUUGGCCAGUGGGAAGAAUUUUUUUUUUUUUUAAACUGAGAGCGUGAGCAACUGAGCAUGUAUUUUUGUCUAGUGGCUGCAGCCUGUCUUAGGAAGACAGGAAGCCACAAGUCCUCGUGUCAUCAAUACUUUAGUGAAGAACUGUAAUUUUCUCUGGUGCCAGUAAAUACAGUUGCCAGAAAUUAGACCUAGUAUAACUCUGCUGUCUUUUUUAAAAUCCCAAUGAGCAUGCGUCAAGAAAAUGCAUUGAACAUUCAUACAGAUCAAGUCAUAUUUUUUGGCUUUUAAUGUUGACAUACUCUGAAUCUUCAGAAAUACAUAACAUUCAAAGGACAAAUAACAUGUGACACUAUGAAUGCAAUUAAAUGCUUGAUCUUUAGAAACACUCCUUGCUGUCUGCCACUUGCCAUUCAUACCAGAGGGAUCAUUAUCUUUCUUAGCUUUGGCAGGCAGUGGUGAUAACUUUGACAUCAUGCUACUCUGGAUCCAAAAAUCAGAAUUGAAAUUGGGCACAAAAGUCUCUUACUAGUAGACUUGAGCAGUGAUUACAAAUGUGAUGUUAUACAUUUAAGGACUUUAGCCCUGCUUUGAGGAAGAACUCCCAGAUGAAUCAGUUUGCCUUCAGACAGUGAUCUUGUAAAACUGAGUGGAAAAUCCUUAGAGUGUCUGCAGCCUGUUUUUGUUCAGUGUGAAGAAUGCUUUUUAGAUUCAUAAUUUUUAUACUAUCUUGAAAUAGUAUAUGUGAAUAACAGUACUAUUAAAAUUGUCGUAUUAAGUGUGGAAGGCAAUACAUGGUUUUCUAAAGUGGCCCAAAGCUGUAUUAAAAAGCCUGUGGCAUUGUUUACACUAAGAAAUUCUUUGUCUUAUAUUAGCACUUAUUUAUCCUUUGAAUUAAUGUACACAACAUUUGGGGGGGGGGUUCUGGAAUUCACAUAGGCAUACAUUUAAUGCAGUAUUAAAAUAUAUUUGCUAUUUAUCCUCUCUAAUGUGUGUACAUAUUACAAUUUAUUUUUGUCUUUUAUGUACCCUGUUUAGUUUUUAAUUAUGAAGUGUAAGUAUUUCUUUUUCAGGCAAUAAAAGGUCUGUGUAGAUGUGAUUUUUACCUCAGAACCUGCAAUAGAUUCUUGUGGAAUGUUUUUAGUUUAUAAAAUUGAAGACUGAUGGUUUAGACAUCUAAAGGUAAUUUGCCUAAAUGCAGGAAGGCAAUUUGGUGACUAUAAUUAGAUCUCCCUCUUUACUGACCAGGUUUGCAUAAAUAGGGUUGAUUAUCUUGGUAAAGUGUAUUUCUAGUAACAGGAGAGUGCUUUCCAACAGCUGGCCCUCUAUUACUACUAAAUAGGUUGACAAACCAUUUUUUUAAAAGGAUAGAUUUAUAUGACUGUUAGUAUCACUUACAUUUUCUAAAAAUCCAAUGACAUAUGGACCUAAGAAUAUCAACAACCAGAUAAAAGAAUCAUCUAUAUGCUUGUAACAAAGAAAAGGAAACAUCACCUCCCUUUUUAAAUGGAAUCAAUAAGAGGCAUUAGGAUUCCAUUUGCAGAAAGCAGUUUAGCUUCCGUGAGGCCCAUCAUUUUAUAAAUAUAGAAACACCACUUUGACAUCAAGGAAGCAAUGAAAAUGUAUUCUUUGGCAUUAAAUAUGAUCAGGCCAUUAGAGUUACGGUUUGUCAGCAGUUAGAAUCCUAAUUAUUAUUAAUUUUUAGAAUUAGAAUCCUAAUUUUUAUUUUUGGAAUUUGAAGCAUAAACUUAAAAGCUUUCACUAGCACUUAAUAAAUAGUUCUUCUGCUUAAACUCCUUGUUGUUGUUAUUGCCAAAUUUAGAAAUGUGUGUCCAAAAUACUAUAAAAGCCUGCUAUUUUGACUUUGAAGUAAAAAGCAUAUUAUUUCACUUCAAAGGAAACAAGUGGAGCCAUUAAAUGGAUGUCAUUGUUGCCUUAAUCACUUUCAAACAGUUGAAAGGAGCCAAAAUACUAAUGGCAGAAAGAUAGAUUUUGCACAGGCAGAAUACCUUGGACAAACGUCAAGUCAGUCUGUAUAAACUUUAUAUGAGCCAUGCCAGGCUAUGCAUAGGUCACAUAAGUAAACUAAAAUUUGUUAAACUCUUAGGAUGAAGUGAAUUAAUUCACUUUGCAAGAAGACAUUCCUUUAUACUAGGCCUGGAACAUGUGUGGAAAGACGUGCCACCUUCUCGAUUUAAGAGUUAAAACACAAAGCUGAGGAUACAACUUCUGGCUCAGAUAGCUCAAGCAGUGUUUUGCCCUAUGAUCUGAGGAUAUGUGGGUGAGUUACCUUUUAGGCUUUCCCCACCCUCCUCCUCCUAGGAGGAAUAUUAGUCUGGAUAGAGAUGCUGAGCUCAUCUUUGAUUUCUUAUGUAAUUUCUUAUUACUUUAAUGAUAAAUAAUCAGAUGUGUUCUUGGCCCACAAUUCAACAAACUACUUGAGCAAAUUUAUGUAACUGGACAGAAAGAGUCGCCUUUAUUGGAACUUAUGUAAAAAUGUAGUAUACUGGCAGAAUUAACUAUAGCCUAUCCAGUAUGUAUUGUACCCACACACAGACUUAGAAUUGCAUAUAUAUUUUUGUAUUUUCAAUAUCAGCCGGCAGAAAAACAAUACAUGUAAAGUGUAAUCCAGGGAAUGAAAAAUAACAGGAUUUUAGUAUGUCACAAUGUGCAGUAAAGCAAGUUUGCUCUACCUUACUGAGCUGCCUGAUGUUGGUUUCUGCUGCAUCUCCUAGUCCUCUGUAUUGAUGAUUCACGUCUGCAAGUUGUUGGAAAUAACAUGUCAUGUACCCAACUGUCUAUGAUCCUGCUUGCCUGUUGGGAAAAAUCAGGGUAAGUCCUUAGAAACUCGUGAGUCAAGAAUUCUUAAAAAAAAAAAAAAAAAAAAAAAAAAAAAAAAAAAAAAGUAAAAAUAGCAAAGAGAAAAAUAGCAUGUUCCAUGCAAUGCAUAGUACAGUGCACCUGGCUAAAAGGGACUGAUGUGUUAUUUUUUAUCAAGUUGGACACAUCAUUUAAAUGUCAUCCCCAACAUAUGACAAAUGUGGCAUAGCUGUGUUCCAUAGAGCCAUAUAUGAACUCAGAUGUCUACAUCUACAGAGAGUGAAAGCAGGUAGCUUGAAGUGAUGGUUUUUGAAAUGACCUCAUACAUCACAUUUAUCAGUAGGAUCAUACAUCACAGCAUUUUGCUGUGGGUGCAGAAUAAUGGAUGCUUCUUCACCUAACAAGUUGAAAUGGUUCUAGAAUGUCACUCAUCUCUCUAUUCUUUCAGUUAGUAUAUGUUAGUCCUUAUAAGUGAAAUUAGUUGUUUCAAAUAAAAAUAAAUCUGAAUUUUGUCAAAUCCAAGUACCAAAACAAAAUAUUUAAGCUGAAUGAUAACAUUUAUUUCAGCUAAAUACCAUUUUGACCGGUGACUUGAAACAAGGUAGGACCAGGAGCAGUGUCUCUUCAAAACCACUGAAAGUAUUCACAGCCGUUUUUAUGUCUACAGGUCUGUAUUCAGUUGUUGGGUUUAGCAUUUACCUACAUUUGUGUAUGUUUCCCUUGCUUUGGAGGACUUCAUUGACCUCUGAUGUGAUGUGAUGUGCAGGAAAGGCCCAUCUGCUUUGGCCACAGAACCCAGCUCUUCAAGAAACCUACAGCCUCAGUGCUGACAUGUAAAAAAUAUAUCAGAUGUCCACUUUUGGUUUAGUUUUGUUUUUUGUUUUUUUUUCCCUUGAAAACCAAAUGAAACCUAUGAAGCAAUGGGAUGAAAGUCUUCCUGAUACUACAUAAAUUAGACCCCUCCUUACAGGAGAGAUUAGUGGGUUUUUUCCGGCAGAGGUGCUUCGAACCCAGAUCUGUGACUAAUAAUACUGCAGCUACAUCAGAGACUUUGUUUCAUGGGCCACAAUUUUGUAGCAUCAUAAAACAGAAGAUCCAUCCAGCACAGACUAAAAACUUGUAUGGAUUCUGGCAGCCUGGGAAUCAACUAAAACCCCCAAUCAGCUGCAGGUGGCAGUGGGGUCAGAGCCAGGGCAGGGAGAGCCGUGCUGUCAUCUGUGUGCCUGGCAGGCUGCACCAGUAGGACAGGUCUGGCUGGGCAUUGCUAGCAUCCUAACUAGAGACUGGAGAUUCUAGAGCCCCUGUCUUAAUGCAUCUGUCAAUGAUACAACGAUAGAGUAAACUAAGCUAAAAGCCUACCCUUGUAUUAAAUUUGUCAGGUAUGCCAGAACUGCAUCUUUUAACACUUACACGCCAUCUGUUGUUAUUUGUAUCUCAAGAUACAGGACCUGUGCCACUGCUGUAAACUAAAACAAAGACAUACUCAGGGUGAAAAACAGAAUAAACCUUCCUCCUGCCUUUAGGAGCUCCCACAUUUAGCUCCAUUAUUGUUGCUGGUUUUAUUCUUACUAUACAAAGCUCAGUGAAUUUGUCACUGCUGGGACCUAGCUUUUGAUGAACAACAACAGCAGCAACAACAACAAAAGAAUUCUGAAAGUUUUUAUUAGGUUGAUAUUGAAAUAUUUUAGGGAUCAAGUUAAAAAAAAAACAACAAAAAACACGUAAAUUGGUAAAUUCCUCAGAACAGCUUACAGCUUCCAUUUAACAGACAUCUGGAAAAAAAAUUCAGAACACACAAAAAAACCCAAACCAUAUGGAAGUGUAUCUAUUGAGAAAGAGAGAUGCGGAGUAAAACCAGCAUAUUUCAUUGUAAUGUUUUGACAGGUUUCUAUUUAUUAACUUUAAUGAUAAUAAGGGCUUGUUUCUCUGUGUCAGUAUUCCCACCUUGUUUCAAGAUUUUAAUGGAAAUAGAGCUCACAUGAACUAGAUACAGCAGUUCACCAGUAUUUCAUUAUUUUCUAGAAGCUACAUAUUGCGUUGGAUAGGGACAAAGAAAGUAAUUGCAUUCUCUGCAUCUUCUUGUUCAAGCAUUAAUUCUUUAUAUUAAAAAAGACUUGCAAUACUAUGUCAAAUUUUGCCAUAAUUGAACGUUGUUAUAGUAAAUGUUGCUGAACAUAUCUUCUCUUAAUUUCACUACUUUGUUGGGUGGUAUAUUGACUUGUAAACUUGUAUAAAUUUUGGAAUUCAAGAAAUACUGUGUUUUGGA